CUGGCGGCAACCCUUCGCCCAUAGCAGUAAACGACGCCGUUCCUGUCCCAGCCGGUAAAACGGUUUCCUGCUUUCCCCUCAAAGCCUCAACUACAGUCUCAAACUCUCAACACGACACCAUAACCGGCUACUCCGGUUCCAUUAUCUCUUUGUUCCAAUAUCUUCUACUAUAUAAAUCUUUCUCUGUCUCUCUCUUGCGUUCUUCGAGACAGUUUCCGAUCAUUCUCGACUCCUCACCGGUGCUCCGAUCUCUCUGCUUUUCACUUCUGCUUUCCUAUUAAUGGCGAGUAAUGAGGACACUGAAGAGACUGCUGCCCGUGGAAAUGAGUGGGAGGUUGUAUCACUAACUGCAUCUGCAUAUGCUGCUGCUCUUGGUUCAAAACAAGAGGAUGCAAAUGAUGAGCAUAAAGAUAGUGGGGAGUAUGAAGCUGAAACUUCCAGUGCAUUGUUUAUGUCUGGUCACUUUGUCUUUCCACCCAGUCAGCAUGAGAAUUUGCCACUGAAACAAGAAAACAAUGAGAUUCUUACUGAAAAGGUGGUUAAAGACGCUGAAUUUUCCUCUGCAGAAGGUAGUAUGGCAGACAUGAAGAAUGAAGAGUAUCUGAAAAGUAAAGGAUUGAGCUCUCCUGAGUUUUCUGGGAUACAGAUAUUUGAUGAAAAUGGUAACCAGUUAUCUAUUUGUGGUGCAGAAUUUGAAGGUGAUGCAGUUUUGCAAGGGUUAAAUUUGGUGGAUAAGGAACCAAGUUUAUAUAGUGCUGCAGCAUAUAGUUCCUUACAUCGUGAAGAGCACAUGCUUGGUUCAGUGGUCUUGGAUGAAAGUAGUGCAAGCAAUGAUCCAUUUGAGUCUCUUCAGCAGAUCUCUGAUUCAGAUAUAUCAAAUUCUCCAAAGGCUAUGGAUGAGAACAAACCUGACGGAGAUGGCCUUCCUUGUCAAGCUUGGUGGAAAAGGCAUGCAACUUCUCUUAUUGCACAUGCUAAAGAGGCAAACACAUUUUGGUCGAUUUUCAUUGCUGCAGCUGUAAUGGGCCUUGCGAUUCUUGGUCGAUGCUGGCAGCAUGAGAGGUUGCAUGUCCUGCAGCUGAAGUGGCAGCUUGGAGUCCACAAUGAGAGGAUGUCCAGGAUGCUUGGUCCCCUAUCACGGCUUAAAGAUGUAAUUGUUGGCAGUGAACGCCGGGCUUCCUUUAUCAGAGGAAGCAGCCCAGCGCUACGUUAAGAUGAUGACGAAAAAAUGUGAGAGAGGUAAAGCCACGGGUAUUGUAUGUGAUAUGCAAGUUUGGCUGAUGUUGUAAUUUAAAUUUUACCUGUGACAAGUUUUUUUUUUUUUUUUUUUUUUUGAAAUAUAAACCACUU